ACAUGUGUGUCAGUUUACAUUGCCCUUUCAUUCGGAUUAUUUUUCACAAUAAAUUUACAACAUACUUGCAUUACAUAUUUUUUCUGUGUCAUAUAAUUCAAUUGGUUUUAAGCUUUCAUUAAUUUUUAUUUCAACGUACCAAGAAAAUAGAUUUAAACACGAAAUCUACAUCAGCUGUCGUACGUAAACAAAGGGAAUGUCAAUGGUAGUGGAGCACAAAAGUGCGUUGUGAUAAUAUCAAACAUAAUGGAUGUGGACGGCUCAGCUAUUUCUGGGGAGAUAGACCAAAAUUUGUUAUUACAGUUCAGUUGUAUGAAUACAACUGACCGGGAAGAACUGAUAGGACAAAUGCAAAGAUUGUUGGGACCCAGUUUAAAUUAUAAUACAGCAAGUUUCUUUCUGGAUAUGAGUAACUGGAACUUGCAAGCUGCUAUAUGUUGUUAUUUAGACUAUAGUUUGCCUCCAAAACUUCCAUCCAUGUCAUUAAAGAGUGCUCAAAAUCCUGAAACUGCAGUUACCCCAGGUUCUUGUUUUGAACAAAGCUGGAGUAUUGCUAAUACAGGAGCAGAAGCGUGGCCUGGAAGCUGUAGACUGAUACAUGCAGGGGGGGAACAUUUUGGUGCAACUCCGACGUACCUCCCUGCCUUACCUCCAGGACAAUCUAUUACUGUGACCAUGAAGUUACAGGCACCAACUACACCUGGUAUACAUAGAACUUAUUUCCAUGUUGUGACUGACAAGGGUGACCAAAUAGGAGAUACAUUAUGGGCAGAGGUAACAGUUGAGUCUGAAAUGACUUUAGCUCUUGCGGAGCAAUUAGCAGCUCUGCCUGUACCUAGUAGUAGAUUGGAUGAGGGUAUGUCUCAGGUGCCAUCACAAGAUGACCAAAUGUGUUGAUGAAUUGAAAAUGACUUAUUUUAAAAUCCAGUCUUGUUACUAAAUGCAUCUUAAUUAUUCAAUAUAAUACUGUAAUAAGGUUGCUAUAGUUUUAUAGACUAUGCUGAUAGCAAUAUUAAUUUUGUCUUAA